GCAGAUAAUCACAGCAUCCUUGACGUUAAUUUCGCAACACAGGCAGAGGACAGAAGUAAUUUGGUGGUUGAAGGUACGUUCUGUUGGAAUGGUAGUAUGGGCGACUGCCCUCGACCCGUUCCUCUAAACAGACGGCAAAUGGACCAUUCGCCCAGCAUGGGAUCAUCAUUGGCAACGCAGCCAAAGCUACACUCGUAUGGAACAAUUCCACCCUAGUAGCGGAUUUUCCACAUCAUAUUUCAUAUCUGUUUUGGACCAAGACGACGAGUCAUUUCUGCACAUCGAACAGCGCGAUCAGUUUCCCCAGGCAAACGAACUCCAGAGAUUCACUUGGAAUAUAGAGAAUCGGAUACGAUGGCAUUCUACGUAGAUGAGUCUUGAUCCUCUGAUUCUGGAUCCCCUCGACUACCUGCAUUUGAGUAUCUGGGCACCUUUGCACACAUUUUUAGCCUGUUGCCCAUAAUACACCACGCCCUCCUGGAAAUGUUUCGGUGUGUGAUAGCUCAGUUCAUAUUACGGAACGAUGAACUUAUCUGAUCUCACCAUCCCAGCAGAACUUUGGAAAGUAUUUAAGAAUUCGAAAGCUGAUUUGCUUCAUGAAGAAGGGCUUGCAGCAGUUGCACUCUACUCUUACAGUGUGCAGAGAAUCUCCUCGACAGGGUUCUGGAAUAGAAGAGAUUUGUCAAGAGAUUCAUGAGAUAUCGAAUAUUCCAGACAAGCGGUCGUGACAGUCUAGAAUCCAAAUUUGUAAACGAAUCUUGCUGCCGCUGAAUCCAAGGGGAAGAUUUGCCAGAGAUUAAAUGGAUUCCUGCACAAGCGGGCCUGAUUCAGCACACUGAGGUUUAUUAAGCGGAGUUUAAAUUAAUGCAACAAUGAGUCCUCAAUCGAAUUACAAUUUACUUUUGAGCAUUUUCCGCUUUGCUCUGGAUCGUAGACCACGUCGGCCACAAAAGCGAGGGGUGCAUUGCUGUAGAUCACAAAGUCGAAUGAGAAAGGUCCUCAAAGAGAGGUCGAAGCGAGCGCAGACUCUCAGGAGCCAAGAGCGAAGAAUGAGAACACGGAGAGAUCAUCCAUGAGUGCAGCUCUACGGUGUCCACUCAUCCGAAAGAGAAACAGAAAGCGAAAAAGACCAGCGGUCUUUCCAAGUUCGUGUUCCUUGUUCAAGUCACAUGCACAGAGUCGUAGGUAAUUUCUUUUGGUCACAAGUGUCGAUUUGUUGGUAGCGUUGAAGUUGCUUAGUUUUGUUCUUUUCACGGGUUGCAUGCUGUGAGAAUUGUUGUACAGAAUGGAGCUGAGUGUGGUAAGAGUUGCUUGGGCAGCUGUAAGGUGGGCUAUUGAGAGGGUGGCGGCUGGAAGAAUUCUGGUUAAGUAAUCUGCUUCAGGAAUUUGAGAGGGUUUAGCAUUAUAGUUGCUAGAAUCUGGAUACGAGACAACCAGGGCGGAGUCUGAGGAGUUUCUGGGCGCGGUUUGUUUCCUUCUCCACUUCACUCAUGACAGGGGCUUAAUGGAGUGCAUAGAAGCGUAGCGGAUUCUAAACUUGACAAGACGUUGAGGGAAUUUGGAAUUGAUAAUGUCCAGGAAGUGAGGCGCAGGAGAAGAUAAAUUGUUGGGUUCUACCUAGUAGGAGUGAUGCAGAAAUUGGCGCAACUCCCGAUUAGGGCAGGAGAGACGACUUCAUUGUGGCGGAUUGAGAGGCUGGACACGAGUUUUAGGAACAGAGAAUGUAGAUUUCAAGUGGUGUUAGUUAGGAAACAUUCGCCUGAGCUGAGCUGUUCAUUGUUUUCAACGUCAUUUCCAUCUUCCUCUUCCUCUUUAUCUGGCUGCCAACUUCCCCGCACGUUUGUGCAUCCGAGAUGGAGACGGGGCUCACCGCGAGUUUUGUGUAUGGAAGAUGAUACGGUCUCAAAAUCCGAAUUAGAAGAGCUGCCAGACAUAGUGUUGAAUGAAAUCACAAGAGGGAAGGACUCUACGUCGGAGAAGGUUGAAGCUAGUUAUUUUUCAGAGCUGAAGUUGGAGGAGAUUGCGAAGACGCCGGCACCAGUGGCGGGUGAGUUCAAGGCUCGCAACCCGUUCGAUCUGAGAUGGAUUGGCGCUUGGGCGGACGCACUUACUGAAAGAGGCAUGCUCAAACGAAGAACCUUUUACAGCCAUGACGACUGGUUGCGGCAUCGAAGCUCAACGAGACAUUACCGUCAUUUUGCGUCUAGCUUUUCAUCUCGAGCGAUUCUGUCUUUGAUUCCUCCUGUCGGUACCAUGACGGCGAUCUCAGUGUUUGUUGCUCUGUACAACACUGUUGUUUUAUCAGGGUGGUUGCCGUCGUUUUUUCCUAUAUUUCACGCCUCAUCUCUUUCCUAUCAGUUGACUGCCCCAGCUUUGGCGUUGCUUCUCGUGUUUCGAACCGAAGCAUCGUAUUCUCGCUAUGAUGAAGCUCGGAAGACGUGGACAGAAGUUAUUAGCAGUUCAAAAGACAUGGCUCGCCAGGCUUUGGCGUGGUCUCAACACCCUGCUGAUCACCGGAAGAAGAAGCUGUUACUGGACUACAUUCUGGCCUUCCCCGUGGCUCUCAAGUGUCACCUUCUGUAUGACUCAGAUAUAGCAGAAGAGCUGAGGGAGAUUUUGGAAGAAGAUGACCUUGCUCUUGUCCUCAAAGCAGAGCAUCGGCCGAAUUGUCUCAUUCAGCUUAUGACUCUAUCUUUGAAAUCCAUUAAGUUUGAAGAUGGCGAAGGAAUGCAACUGGAUGCAAACAUUUCACAAUUUAAUGAGAGUAUAAGUGUAUGUGAACGGCUGAUUCGCACACCCAUUCCCCUUGCAUACACGCGGCUGACCUCACGAAUUCUGGUGCUGUGGCACCUCUCAUUACCUGUCGUGCUUUGGGACGACUGUCACUGGGUGGUUGUUCCCGCAACAUUUAUCAGUGCUGCCUCACUGUUUUGCAUUGAGGAGUGUGUGUUCUUUGGAGUACUUGCUAUGGCAGGUGGGGGUGCUCAUCGAGGAGCCAUUUCCAAUCCUGGCGUUGGACCGAAUGUGUGCCAAAGCACGUGAAAACAUAUUAGAGUUCGCAGAUCUGCAAGUGAAAGCUCAAGUGCACUUGAGCAACAAGACCAGGAAAUCACAGAGCAAGGUCGUCACGAAUGGUGCCACCACGCAGUCAUAAAGUUUUUUUGAACCCCUUUCCUGUAUUUCACACACUGAUAACAGGAUGUACAUUUGAGUAUGUACUGUGCUGUAUACUACAUAGAAAUGUGUUCACGUACUAUAGUAUCAAUUGUUUUGAAAUCUACUAGUUGACUUAGAACCUUGUAGCACUUGCUUUUAUGCAUUGAGCACAAGCUUUUAGAUAAUAUUUCCAUGAGGCUUAAUAACACCUAAGACUUGCAAUGUGCCUUUGAAGUAGGCAUUGCAAUUUUUUUCUUACAAAGUAUUUUUUUACCCAAGAAUAGAAAUAUAAGUAAUUUCAUUCUUAAAGGCCUCUAUUCAAAAUAAGAUAGGCCUUUUAAAUUUGAGACA